AUGUCUGAUAAGGAUAAAGAUAUCAAAAUCCACACAUGGGAUGGGCCCGAUGACCCCGAGAAUCCCUUCAACUGGAGUUUCGGAUACAAAUGGGUGAUAACGAUUACCGUUUGCUUCAUCUCCAUCCUGACAGGAAUCCCCGCAGGAAGCUACGGCUCCGGCAACGACUGGUUGAAGCAAGAAUUCAAUGUCCAAAACACCCCCUUCCCAAACCUCUACUGGGCCACCACUUCCUGGAACAUGGGCGCCGCCUUCUGGCCACUGAUUUUCGUCCCUCUGUCAGAGUCCUCCGGCCGCAUGCCAGGAUACUUCGUGGCGUAUAUACUCCUCGUCAUUUCGCUCUUCCCAUCCGCGUUCGCAAAGAACUUCGCGACACUCAUCGUGACUCGGUUCUUCGGUGGAGGUGCUUCUUCCACCGCGAUUAAUAUUGUCGGAGGAAGUAUCUCCGAUGUGUGGUUCGGUAACGAGGCUCGCAGCCUGCCCAUGUCUAUAUUCGGAUUUACGAGUGUUGUCGGUAUUUCACUUGGUCCAUUUAUUGGAUCUUCUAUUGUGCAGAUUAAUAGAUCGCACCCAUGGCGUUGGAUCUUCUACAUCCAAAUUAUCUACAACGCAGCCUUGAUCCCGGUCUUUUGGCUAAUCCUCAAAGAAACCCGCCCAGAUGUGAUCCUUAAGAAGCGCGCAAAGAAGAUCCGCAAAGAAACCAACCUCCCCAUCUACGCCUCCUCCGAAUUAAACGCCCCAAGCAAACUCAAUCUCUUGAGACUCUCCUUCCAACGCCCAACACACAUGCUCAUAGCCGAGCCGGUCGUGACCUUCUUCACUUUGUGGAUAAGCUUCGCCUGGGGGAUCCUGUUCCUUUUCUUCUCCAGCGUCGUGCAAACCUACUCCACGAACUACAACUGGGGCACGAUGUCAACAGGUCUGAUACAGCUCGCCAUCUCGGUGGGUGCGGUCAUCGGGACAGUCAUCAACCCGCUACAGGACUGGAUUCAUCUCCGCUCUGAGAGGCACAAUAAAGAGAACCCCGGGAAACCUAUCCCUGAGGCGAGAUUGUACACAUCUAUCCCGGGUAGUCUGCUAUUUGCGGCGGGUUUGUUCUGGUAUGGCUGGGCUAGUCAGCCGCAUGUUCAUUGGAUCGUGCCGACUAUCGGUGUUACGGCGACGGGGAUUGGGAUCUAUUCGAUUUAUAUGGCUGUUGUUAAUUAUUUGACUGAUGCUUAUGAGCGUUAUGCGGCAUCGGCUUUGUCGGCUGCUUCGCUUGGGAGGAAUACUUUUGGUGCGUUCUUGCCGCUUGCUUCGCCGCAGUUGUUCUCCAAUCUUGGGUAUGGAUGGGCGGGGACUUUGCUUGGGUUUAUUGGGAUUGCGUUGUCUGUCGUGCCUGUUGUUUUGGUUUGGAAAGGCCCGGAGAUUCGGAGGAGGAGCAAGUUUAUGAGGGAGGCGAUGUGGGAGCCUUAG